AAACUCUCACUCGCAUAUCCGGCGCGUUAAAGCCACUUAUUCUUCUGCUCUUUCGUUGGCUUAUUCUAUCACUUUGGUAAGAAGACACACACUUCGUUGAACAAAGCUGAAGUUCUUCCGCAGUAUCUGUAUCUAUCAAUAUUUGUUCGCUUACUAGAAUCCGACUGUAGUAGAUUGAGCAAUAGUUAGGCAUGGAAUCAGAAUUGAUACUCCAUGAAGGUGGGUGCCAUUGCGGUAAAAUCAAAUGGAGAGUCAAAGCGUCGACAAGUGUAGUUGCUUGGAGCUGCAACUGCACUGAUUGUUCUAUGAGAGGCAAUGUUCAUUUCAUUGUUCCUUCAAGCAACUUCGAGCUUCUUGAUGAUUCCAAACACUUCAUUACUACUUACACUUUUGGGACUCGCACGGCCAAGCAUACUUUCUGCAAGGUCUGUGGGAUCACAUCCUUUUAUAUCCCCAGGUCUAACCCCGAUGGAGUCGCUGUCUCGGUUAAGUGUGUCAAGUCAGGGACACUGGAUCACGUUGAGGUUAAAAGCUAUGAUGGUCAGAACUGGGAAAUGUCGCACAAAAAGACUGGUAUUGCCUCAUUUUCCAAAGAGUGAUAUGAUAAGAUCAACUCAAGAUUGUAGUGGUCAAGAAAAAAAGAAUCUGAUGCAGUCUUCGAAAUCUCACCUUUACAAUCACAGGGAGAAACAAUUUGGAAAACUAGAAAAGCUUUUUUGCCUAAACCCUUUUGAGAAUAAUGCUCAGGGUAUUGAGUUUUGAGUUCAAAUCUACACCUGUAGAUACCUGUGUUCAUGAUAAGUUUAUAUGAUUUCAUUUCUUGCUA